AUGAAGCAACGAUUCUCUGCUCUUGAUGUGUCUGCAUCGGUUGUGGAAUUAAAGACUCGUCUGGUUGGUCUUCGUCUUCAAAAUGUGUAUGAUAUCAAUUCCAAAACAUAUCUGUUCAAGUUCUCUCGCAAUGAAACCAAGGAACUCCUUUUGAUUGAAUCCGGUAUUCGCAUGCAUACAACCCAAUUCUCUCGAGACAAGUCUCAGAUGCCAUCUGGAUUCUGCAUGAAACUACGUAAACAUCUUCGCACUCGUCGUCUAGUCAAUUUACGCCAACUUGGUGCUGAUCGUAUUAUGGAUAUGCAGUUUAGUGAAGGGGAAUACGCAUUUCAUAUAAUUGUCGAGUUUUACUCUUCAGGAAAUAUCAUCUUGACUGAUCAUGAAUAUCGUAUCUUGUCUGUUUUGAGAACUGUUGAAUACGAGGUAUCUACUCCUGCAGUCAACGAUGCCAAUAUUGCUGAUGUACAGGAUAGCACGUCUUUGGAUCUAUAUCGGAUUUCGACUGAUUCGUCAUCAUUUCUAGCACUCCUGAACGCUCUCAAACAAGGUGACGACAUAUUGUCCUCCUCCAUUGACACGCCUCAACAAGGAUAUAUUGUUACCUCGGAUAGCAUGGUUUCCCAACAGUUGGCGUCAUCAGAUACCGCUCAGUCUUCACCCACAACCACAUUCACUACCUAUCAAGAAUUCCAUCCUUAUAGAUUUGAACAAUUCAACCAGGACCGCUCAACUUCACUCUCUGCUGAAUUGCCAAAGCAAACUCGAUUUAUGGAAUUUGUUUCGUUUGACAAGGCUGUCGAUGAAUACUUUUCAAAAAUGGAAUCUCAACGCCUUGAAAUACGUGCCCAUCAAGCUGAGCUGGCAGCAGUCAAGAAACUCGAAAAUGUCAAAAAAUCGCACCAGGCUCAAAUUCAAAACUUUCAAUCCAAUGUCGAAUCCAAUGAGCAAUAUGCCCAAGCCAUCGAGUCCCGUUUAGAGGACAUUGAUAGCGUGCUUCGUACCGUUCAAAGUUUCUUAGCAAGUGGAAUGGAUUGGAAAGAUUUGGAAGAUUUGGUCAAGGAGGAAACAAACAAUGGCAAUGCUUUGGCAAAAAUGAUUAUCGGGUUUAAACUAAACAUGGAAUUUUUCAAGAUUGAUUUAGACAUCUACUCUACUGCUUACGCUAAUGCCAGAAGAUACUACGGUGCUAAAAAGGUUGCAAUAACAAAACAGUCCAAAACAAUGGAGCAGUCGGCCAAAGUAGUCAAGAUGGCAGAAAUGAAGAUUUUUCAGCAUCUUGCCUCGGUCCAAAAAACCGCGGUCAGCAUUACCAAAAUUCGCAAACCUUAUUGGUUUGAAAAGUUUCUGUGGUUUGUAUCAUCGGAAAACUUUUUAGUUGUAGGUGGCAAAGACGCUACCCAAAGCAACAUGCUUGUAACUCGGUACUUGAAGAAAGGCGAUGCUUAUGUUCAUUCAGAUCUUCCUGGUGCUGCUUCGGUGAUUGUCAAAUGUAUGCAAUCAUGUGUUGGUACAGAUGCCGGAACAAUGUCUGUGUGCCAGUCGCGAGCAUGGGAUGCCAAAAUUAUCACGUCUGCUUAUUGGGCUGAAGCACAUCAAGUAUCAAAAACAACUUCGACAGGCGAUACACUUCCGCUUGGUACAUUCAUGAUCCGUGGGAAAAAAAAUUGGUUGCCUCCUGUUCAACUCAUAUAUGGUAUGGCGAUGUUGUUUCAAACCGAUCAUUCUUAUGACGAGCAGGCAAUAGAUAUGAGUUUCCUUGAUUUGUUAACUGGCCAACCACACGAAACAGACAAUCUUCUCUAUGCCAUUCCAGUCUGUGCCCCAUGGACAGCUCUUCAAAAAUACAAGUACAAAGUAAAACUUCUUCCUGGUGCGUUGAAGCGCGGCAAGGCUGCUAAAUCUAUUACAGCGUCAUUUUUGUCCAUGGCAGCUGCAAACGAAUCCGUUGCAGAAAAAGAACUAAUCAAAGCGGUUCCAGAUGCGGAUUGGAUUUCUACUGUGCUUGGUAAAGUGAAGGUGGUUGUUUCUGCUGCAGACCAAGUUCAGAUAAAGAAACAUGGCAAUGGAUCUAAACGGGGGAAUAAAUAA